AUGUCAAAAGUGGCAAAAAAGCAUAUCGAUGCUCAAGCUCAAGCACGAGCUCGACGCGUUCCAAGCGUGGCAAUGCAGCAGCAGCAACCUGGACAGCCAUUCGAUCCGAUGUACCAGGGUGUUCCGAUGGGGGUGAACAACGUUCCCGGCCAAACACAACCGUUGAUGCGUUAUCCGCAAAGCGCGAUGGCGUCGCCUUCCUAUCCGAUGCCUGCCAACGCUCGACCUCCUGGUAUGAUGCCGUCGCCGGGAUAUCCCCAAAUGUAUCGCGCUGGUGCUCCAAUCCUUUACGGACAAGUACAACAACCCGCUCAACAUCAGCAGGUGGUCUCGUACCCGAACCCGAAUGCACCGCCUGAUGGACGGUACAACGUCCCGUAUGCGCCCGACGGAAUGCCCCCUGUGAUACUGCCGAAGGAGGUGAUUAUGCGACCAUUUGGCCUUGAGCAUAACAUGAACCACCACACCUUUACUUUCAAUCUCCGACCGGAAAUCAUACAACAGUUGCAAUCGCCUUUCAUUGACAUUCAACUGAAAAGUUUCCAUAAAGACGACAAGAAAAUGGCAACUCAGUGGCCGCCAAAGCAAGCGCCAAACGGUCAAUCAGUUCCUGGAACGAUUCCUGAGUGUAGUAUUCAGGUGUUAAUCAAUGGUCAAUUGCUGCCGAUUCCUGAUCUCAGCCGGUCGCUGUUCAUCAAGCAAGUCGCAGUGCCCGGACCGAAUACAAUCGAAUUCAAUGUGAACCAGUGUGUUUGCUCACAUUCGUUCAUCAUGCAGUUGGUUGUACGGCAACCCUUAGCGAAAGUCACCCAGGACAUUUUCUCACGUACCCAAGGAUGCACACCGGAAUUGUGCCGCGAAAAGCUGUUGAAAUUCGCGCCACCUUCUGGUCUACGACUACCGCUGGUGUGUGACCUGACGCAUCGAAGAAUGUCGAUUCCGGCUCGAUCCACACGCUGUGCUCAUGCGGCGUGCUUCGAUUUGGAGCCGUUCAUCAUGCAGCAGAACGAGAACUCCCUCUACGAGACCAUCUUCCAAUUGAGUGAGAUCGAAAUCGACUACUUCGUGGGCAAGAUGCUCCGAGAGACGACAGGUUCUCAAUCGGCUGAGAUGAUUCUGGAACCAAACGGCGAAUAUCGACCAAUUGAAGCCGAGCUGAACGGUCGAAAGCGCUCAAAUGAUGAGAACGGGCCCGUUCAUCCGAUCAAGAGGAUAAAGAGCGAGCCAUUCCCGGUGACGAAUGUGCCUCAACCGGUGAUGUCACCGUUCCCACCUCCACCGGGUUCCGCUCCCAUGGGAACCGCGCCGCCGUCAAUGAUGAGCCCUUUUGCUGCUAGUCAAAGCCCGUCUAAGGCGGUUUCCUCUCCGGCUGGCGCCCGUUUUGCUGGUGGUCCCGGCACACCUUCUACGCCGCAUGCUGCGCAGAAUCCUGCGUCCGUUGGCACGGCGCCAACUGCCGUCUCACAAUCGGAGCCGCUUCACAGCACCAGCCCGCAUCAAACGCAGAUUCAACAACAUGGCAGCGUCGAAGCGCCAUCAUUAACUGGGUCUGCUCCAUACACGCCAGCGUCAGUGAAUUCAGGCGUAGCCUUGCCAGCUGUGAAUCCUGCCGAUCACCCCUUCGGCAAUAUUCAUAAUUUAUCUGUGUCGAAUCUUGACAUUGAAAUCGAUGGCAAAAGCCUGUUUGGCUCGACCCUGAUGACUGCUGACGACAUCAAGAAGUACUUGAACGAUAGCGACACAGUGUUCUCAGCAUUCGACGACCUCACCUGCACGAAUGAUCCUCCACCAAUCGUCGGUUUCCCGCAUUGUUGGGAAGACAUCCAAUCGAUCAUCGCCGCUGAUGAAAAGCGAGGGUGA